AUGCCGACAUGUAUUUCAAUAGAUAAUUGUGUAUGCCAUUUUUCACCGUUGCGGAGUGAUAAGCCAGUAAUAUUGCAUAAUGGUCAGAUGGUGAAAGUGGAUUUGGGUGCACACAUUGAUGGUUUCAUUGCGACGGCAGCACACACUGUUGUUGUUGGUGCUUCGGCGACCGAGAAGAUAACUGGAACGAAAGCAAAUGUGCUGAUGUGUGCGUAUAAUGCAAUGGAAGUGGCGAUGAGAAUGUUACGACCUGGUUUGUACAAGAAUAUGCAAAUUACGGAUAUGAUCGAUAAAAUUGCUGCCAUUUAUAAG